UUGCCUGUCCGAGCCAAAGUGAGCCGUUUCCCAUCCUGUCGGGGUGUUUCCAUCGCACAUCCGGCCRUGUCUGGCUGUCUGGCCUCUAACCAAACACCUGCGAACAUCCCAGAGUUACUCUGUGGAGACUCUGUAGUUCAAGAACCUGCACAGAUUCUUAACUUCAUGAGAAAACAGAGGUUUAACGCCGAUUAUGAGCUGACGGCCAGACAAGGAGCAGACACGAUGGCCUACAUCGCUCUGCUCGAAGAGAAGCUGCGUCCAGCUCUGCUGCACACUUUCUGGGUGGAUGCAGAAAACUACGCCAAUCUGACGMGGCCGUGGUUCGCGUCCCGCUCGCCGUUCCCGCUCAACUUCCUGGUCCCGAGUCACCACGCCAACAUCGCACUCUCUCGCAUCCUCUUAACCAAAGGAGAGGCGCCRCUGCACCGGAUCUCUGAGGUGGAGGGAAAGAUCUACAGCGAUGCUAAAGAGUGCUUGAAUCUCCUCUCCUAUCGACUGGGAAGUGCUAACUACUUUUUUGGCAACUUGCCCACCAGUCUGGAUGCCUUUGUGUUUGGUUUUGUGGCCCCUCUGGACAAAGCACACCUCCCCAGCACRCCUCUGCAGAGCCACCUCAGACAGCUGGAAAACCUCACGCGCUUUUGUGACAACGUCCUYGCCGCCUACUUCAGCUCAGAUCAGCCUCGUCCUCCUCCACCUGUUCAGGAAACGGUGGAUGCGAACCUCCAGAAACUAACACAGCUCGUAAACAAAGAGUCCAACUUGAUAGAAAAGAUGGAUGAUAACCUUCGCAGUAGCCCACAGCACAAGUCCCACAGAGCAGACCCCAAACCGGGUCUGUCCGGUGCACGGAGCUCUACUCCUGCCUAAAACUCAACCCGACAUAUGAUUCAUGGAGGAGCACACUGGUGCCUUCAUGACUGCUGAGUUAUCACGUGUMAACAUGUUUGUAUUUUUUUAAUAACAAAAAUUAGGAUUCAACAAUGGCCAGUCUUUUUUUUUCAACAAAAACUCCUGACAUUUCCAAACGUGCCUGUGAGCUGUAACAGUUUUAUUUGUCAUUUCAUGUAUAUUAAAAAUAUAUAUUGAAAUGAAACAGUUUCUGUUGUCGCACAUUCUGAUUGUUCCAGACUUCAUGCAGUCAUUUCUUCUUAAAGAAAUGAGUGGAUAUCAGGCAGAUCAGGAGACUUUAGUUUUUAGCUUUGUAAGUUUGGGCACUAACGAGUAAUUUAAAUCUGUUAUAGUUUAAAAUGUUUUGACUCAAGUGAUGUGAAAAAAGGCGACCAGCUCCAGGAGCAUAUUGUGCUGCACAUGUGAACCUCCUUUAGGCUAAAACAACUAAAUGUUCCAGGCACUCCCCUCACAGAAAGAUGGAAAAUUCAGGCUGAAACGUUUCCUUCAGGCUGCAGCGUCACGGUCCAGCUCCUCACAUGGAGGCCAGAAACUGCUGCCUGAUGGGUUUCAUGUGUGCCCUCUUUCUUCAGAAAAGAGAAAAGGUGCGACUGCCUGGAAAAUAUCUGUGAAUUAACUGAAAAUGGCAUGUUUCCUGGGAAAGUGGAGCUCAAAUGAUGACGGUGGGUGGAACCUAAGACAUUUAUGUUAAAGUUUGAAGGACUUUGGAAAAAAUAUGCCUAUUUUUGACACAAAGUUCUUUUUAAGGACAAUGUUUUCAUUUUUUUACUACAAAGUUUUAGAUGUAAAGUUAUGUAUUUUAUGUUGCAUCAUUAGUUUGUAUUGGGCAAAAUCAAAGUCACAGAGCUUUUGAGAGAAAUAAAACCCAAAAAAGUCUUUGUUAAACUGUA